AUGGGUUGUGAUAGCCCUUUCCGACCUACACUUAGCUCGUCCACAACCACGAACACAGCAACGUCAACAAAUAAUGUGAAUAACAAUCGCAAUAGUGUCGCAACAACCAUAUCUCGACCAGAUUCGCUACCACUUUGUGAUCAGAUCCUGCCUGGAUUUAAUGCCGAUAAAUUUAUCCAGGAUCUGUCAUUUUCUGGACUCGAUCCAGCCAAGGUUCUCGGCUCUGUCUCGCGUACACCAGCCGAUCCAUGGGCAUCGCGAUGUGGUGGUUGGACAUUACCACCAUUUGAUAAGCCGACGACGACGUUCACAUCAUCACUGAUUGAGGAGGAUGACAACUCGUCCAUGCUUCUCAAGGACCUCGAGAAGAUUUGGGCGACGCCAGUUGGCGGUCUAAAUGCAUGA